UCUCUCUCUCUCUCUCUCUCUACUUGCGCCACGCCAUUUUGCGUAUUCAAAUUCGUUUGCACAAUCCAAAGCCACCCCUCUCGGCUCUCUCUCUCUCUCUCUAAAAUGACUUGCGCCACGCCAUUUCCGCUACAGCCACGCUGCGGUCACGGCCCAAGUCCUUCACGGCGGCCCAUUUCCCAUCUGGGCCCACUUACAAUUCCAAAACCAUCCAACACAUUUUCCGGGCCGCGGCCCAAAUCGAAAAGGCUCGCGGCCAUCGGAGAAAACAGGAGGGACGGCGCUGGGCUCGCCGGCGACGGGAGGCGGCGGUGGAGGGGCGCUUUUCCGGCGAGGUGCACGGCGGAGGGGCAGUUUGUUGGAGGGCGGGAAAGCGGGUUUGCUGCUGCGGCGGCGGGGAGGUACGAGGUGGCGGCGCUGGUGGCGGCGGUGAUGUGCCUGUGUAAUGCGGAUAGGGUUGUGAUGUCGGUGGCCGUGGUUCCGCUGGCGGCCAAGUAUGGCUGGUCAAGUUCUUUCUUGGGCAUUGUUCAGUCAUCCUUUCUAUGGGGAUACAUGUGUUCCUCGAUUAUCGGAGGUGCUUUGGUCGAUAAAUACGGAGGCAAACAAGUCAUUGCUUGGGGCGCGACUUUUUGGUCUUUAGCCACACUCUUAACUCCAAUGGCCGCAAAUCACUCGGCAGCUAGCCUUUUUGCCGUUCGUGCUCUUUUCGGAUUUGCCGAAGGCGUAGCUUUACCUUCAAUGAACAAUCUCUUAUCAAGAUGGUUUCCGACCAAUGAGAGAGCGACAGCUGUCGGGAUAUCGAUGGGAGGAUUUCAGCUCGGGAAUGUUGUCGGUUUGGUCUCGACUCCACUUAUGAUGUCGAAAUCGAUCGGGAUUUCAGGUCCUUUUGUUCUCUUUACAUCGCUCGGAAUUAUUUGGCUCGUUACAUGGACACGUAGGGUCACAAACGAGCCACAAUUGAUCCAAGAUGGCAAAUCGGGCUCGUAUAAUGUGGGCCAGGGCAAGUUUUCACUGCUCGAGCUUCUUUCGAAACGGCCUACUUGGGCUAUUAUCUUUGCUAACUUUACCAAUAAUUGGGGGUACUUUGUUCUUCUGUCAUGGAUGCCUGUUUAUUUCAAAACCGUGUUUGAUGUAAACUUGAAGCAAGCAGCUUGGUUUAGUGCAGUUCCUUGGGGAACAAUGGCUAUCUCGGGCUAUAUUGCCGGGUCCACGUCAGAUUACUUGAUUAAAUCGGGCUGUUCUGUAACAUUGGCAAGGAAAAUCAUGCAGUCGAUAGGUUUUAUGGGGCCUGGAAUUGCUUUGAUCUGUUUGAAUUAUGCAAAUACGCCAAAGAUUGCAUCCGUGUUUUUAACUCUAGCCCUGAGUUUGAGCUCGUUCAGUCAAGCCGGUUUUUUGCUUAAUAUGCACGACAUUGCGCCGCAAUGCGCAGGACUUCUUCAAGGUAUUUCUAAUUCAGUUGGAACACUAGCAGCAAUAAUAAGUACAAUUGGGACUGGUUUCUUUGUGCAGUGGCUAGGUUCCUUUCAGGCAUUCUUAACUCUCACAGCUUGUCUGUAUUUUGCAACAACUGUCUUUUGGAAUCUUUAUGCUACUGGAGAAAGAAUCCUUUAGAUGUACAGUGAAUUACCUUUUUUCAUAUGGGGUAAAUGUUGGUUUGAGAAUGGUAAAAAAGACUAAAAGUAUAUAAAGUUAAGAGCAUCUCCAAUGUGGCUUUUGACAUUAUAAAAAUUCAUUCAUAUCAUCAACUUUUGAAAGUGAGGUAUUAAUUUAUUCUCCAAUGCAUCUUGUUAUGAACUCUUUCAUGAUGAGAUGGAUAGCAUUUAAUGUUGACAAUGUUGAGCACACU